AUGGAUAAAAAGGCCAGACCCCCGCUGAACAUGCCUGGAAAGGAAAAUAUACGUCCUGUGACGAACGCAGUUCAAGAUCACAUCAAAAAACCUACAGUCACGCAUGGAGAAGAGAAGGCCGCUGAAAAGCGAAAGAAACUUUUCAGCGGCCUGAAUAGGAUAAACCACAAGAAGAAACAUCGGGCUACAUUUGAACAACAGCUGCACAAGAUCAGACAUGAAAUGCAGUUCAACCUGAAAAAACGUUCUGAAGGACUCUUAGAAGGAACUGCCGCAACACAUCAACCAGCUCUUCUUAACAAGGUUUAUACUGAGCUUCAUGUGUUUGAUCAAGAGUUAGACCAUGUUAAUGAUGAACAUGAAAUCUGGCAGGUGGAGACAGCACACUUCUUUGACAGUUCUGAAGGCACUGUGAUAAAAUACAAUGACAUCCUCAACCCUUACCACAGAGAGAGGACCUUCAAGAAUGUAGUGACAAAAGGGAUUGCUGGAAUAGGAAAAACUAUCACUGCACAAAAAUUCAUCCUUGAUUGGUCUGAAGGAAAAGCAAAUCAAGAUAUAGACUUUGUUUUUGUACUUCCAUUUCGUGAUCUUAACCUGCAAAGGAAUGAACACCAGAGUCUCUUUGAACUGCUUCGUGUCUUUCAUCCUGAACUUCGAAAAAUAGAUGACAUUCGCAUAUUUGAUCGUAGAAUUCUUUUCAUCUUGGAUGGGCUAGAUGAAAGUCAGUUUCCCUUGGACAACCACAACAUUAUUGUGUCUGAUGUCAAGAGGAGGGACACAGUGGAUGUGCUACUGACAAGCCUCUUGAAAGGGAGACUUCUUCCCUCUGCUCACAUCUGGAUAACCACUCGUCCCUCAGCAGCCUCUCAGCUCCCCAAGGAAGUAUUUGAACAAGGAUAUGUAACCCACAUCCGAGGAUUUAAUGACCAGCAAAAGGAAGAAUAUUUCAAGAAUCAUUUCAGUGAUCAGAACAAAGCUUUGAAAAUUAUCUCAUGCCUCAAGAAAACCAGGAGCCUCUUCAUUAUGUGUCAUGUGCCUCUCUUUUGCUGGCUUGCCUCCAAAGUUCUGAAGGAAAUGAUUACUGACGAAAAUGAUUAUAAUGAAAUGCCUAAAAGCCUAACUGAGAUGUACAUUCAUUUUUUGAUCAUUCAAACAGGGUUCAGCUACCAGAAGUAUCAAAUGAAAAAAAGUUAUGAUGUUUUGGAGAAGUACAAACUCACUAUUUUGAAAUUGGGGAAACUAGCUUUUCAGAACUUGAUGAAGCAAAACUUUGUUUUUCAUGAGAGAGACUUAGCGACCUAUGGUAUGAGUUCAGCAGAGGUAUUUCAGUGCCCUGGCGUGUGCACAUGUAUCUUUAAAAUGGAGGAUGGGUUGCAUGAAAAGACACUGUAUUGCUUUGUGCAUCUUACUGUCCAGGAAUUUUUUGCUGCUUUGUUUGUUUAUUGUGAAUUUGCAGAAGGCAAGGAGAUAAAAGAUUUUAAAUCAGGGAAAUCUAAGAACAGUUUGGCUGAUUUUCUAAAAUGCAUUGUUGAUAAAGCCUUGGGUAGUAAAACAGGACAUUUGGAUCUUUUUACCCGAUUUAUUUUUGGGAUCUCCCUUGAUUCCAACAAGACAAAGCUUGAAAGUCUUCUACCAUCAACAGGCAGCAGUUCAGAUUGCCACAAGAAAGUCGUUCAGCAUAUCAAAAUCUUGCGGCGGCAAGAUCUCUCCCCUGAGAGAUGCAUGAACCUGGUUCAUUGUCUCGUGGAGCUGCAGGACACCUCUGUUCUGAUGGAAAUGGAAAAGUGUCAAAAGUCCUUUUCAGAGAAGCCUCUCACUUCAUUUCAGUGUUCAGUUCUUGCAUACCACCUGGCAAUGUUAGAUGUAGACCACAACAAGUUUGACCUGAAGAAAUACCGUGUUAAUGAAGUUGGUUUCAAAAGGCUUGCUCCAGUACUCUGCUAUUUUAAAGAAGCCAGGCUCAACUGCAGUGGAAUAACAGAGAAGUCCUCUCCUGAUUUGGUCUGUAUUUUGAAGUCACCAAAAUCUCAGUUGACUGUUUUGGAUCUUAGUCAGAACAGCUUGCAGAAUUCAGGAAUGAGGAAGCUUGUGGAUGGACUUUGUAACUCAAACUGCAAAGUACAGAAAUUAGAUGUAAGCCACAACAAUCUGACCGAUCCAGGAAUGGAGGCGCUCAAAGACCUGCUGUUACAUACAAGCUCAAAACUACAAAUUCUGGACAUCAGCAACAAUGAUCUUAGCAGUUCUGGGGUUAAAAGCCUUUCUGUUGGACUUGCAAGUUCCUCUUGCCAUCUUGAGAUGUUACAACUCUCAGGUUGUCGAGUUACCGAAAAGGGCUGUUUUUACCUAGCCUCAGCUCUGACUUCAGGCUCUCCACAUCUGAGGGCGCUGGACUUGAGUUAUAAUCACCCUGGAGAUGCUGGAACCAAGAUAAUUCCUGUUUUGCUUUCAGAUGCCGUUAACCUCACCUUAGACCUCAAUACAGCAAAUGAGUGGCUGUCACUAACUCCUGAUGGAAAGACAGCUGGGCGGAAUAAAAACAAGCAGUCUUAUCCUGAUCUUCCAGAAAGGUUUGAUCGGUGCAGCCAAGUACUAUCUAAAGAGAGUCUUUCUGGUCGGGCCUACUGGGAAGUUAUUAAGAAUGCGUAUGAUGCUCAUAUAGGUGUGGCCUAUAAACAUAUCUGCAGAAAAGGAGCAGGUGCUGAAGUACACGUGGGCCGCAAUCAAGAAUCCUGGAAUUUUUAUUGGUCUGAAAAAAUGUCCUAUGUACAGCAUGGUGGAAGCAAAGUCUCAUUAUCUGGUCCUGCUUGUAGCAAAUUAGGGGUAUACCUGGACUGGCAAGCUGGGACUUUGUCCUUCUACAGUAUCUCGUCUCAGUGCAUAUAUGAUAGCAUAACUCCAUUUGCCUCUCAGUAA